AUGUCCAAUCCACAGACUCCAGUGGCGGUAGCUUCUCUGCUGCGCCACCAUAAUCUUUUGAAGCAAAGACAAGGCCUAUUUCAGUCCAGACAUGUGGAUUUUUUCCGGUACAAGCGUUUUGUCAGGGCCCUUAAUUCCUCAGAGUACACUUCCAAAUCUGCAAACCAGCCAGAUCUGUAUCCCCCAGUUCACAAUGACGAAGACGCUCGCAAAGUGUUCAUUGAGCUCAUCAAGACCCAAUUGGUGGUUCCCUGCAAAAAAUUACACAGUGCCGAGUGCAAAGACCAUGGAGUGAAACCCAACAAAGACUACCCCAAUCUGCUGCUGUCUGAUAAAGCUACACUGCAGCCAGAUGAGUACUACACUUGGAAUUUCAACGCCAAGACUUUCACAGAUUAUUUGUUAGUGAUUGGUAUCGUUGUAGGAAUCCUGGCCUUUGUGUGCUACCCGCUAUGGCCGGCUUCCAUGAGACGGGUGGUGUACUACAUUUCCCUCGCACUUCUAGCGCUGAUUGGUGUGUUCUUUGGGAUCGCGAUUCUGCGAUUCUUUGUGUACUUACUUUCUUUGGCAGUAUGCAGCGAAAAAGGUGGAUUUUGGAUGUUUCCCAAUCUUUUCGAAGACUGUGGAGUGCUCGAGAGCUUCAAACCGCUCUACGGAUUUGGCGAACUUGAAUGUUACAGUUAUCUCAAGAAGUUGAAGAGAAGAAAGCGUAAAACGGCCCAAAAAACGCAGUGA